AUGGAGCGUGAAAAACCAUCAUCAUUGUUGUUAGAGAAGCAGCGUGAGGCGCUCUUGGUCAAGAGCGUCACGGUUGCUACGGAGCGGAGCCGCGAUGAUGGCGAACAUGAGCGAGCAGGGGCCGAAGCCGAGGCGGAGUCGGCCGCCCCCGGCGUGGGCCGCUGGGGCGCCGACCUGUCGCUGGCGCGACACGAGGCCCUGGUCACGCGAGCCGAGGGCAUCCUGCGUCGACUUUUAGUCACCGACAACUACGACUCCGUCAGCAACUUCAUCUCGCUCUACGACACGUUCCAACGAAGCGAUGAGCCUCUGUACGACGUAUACGACCGGUAUACACCCCCUAUCCAGGCGAAGAAACACACCUGUGUUGGCUUAGGAUUAGAGUUGAUUCGGCGGUGGCGCUGUCUGGAGCGGGAGUUCGAGGGGGUAACCGCGGCGACGGCGCUGCUGUCGUGCGAGGAGGCCGUGGUCAACGUUCCCGAGUAUGUGUCAUGUGGUGAGGGGCCGGAGAGUGUGAUUGUGGCUGAGAAGGAGCACGUCAUGAUCGGCAUUCAGAUCAGUGUCGACGGACGGCCCGGCAUCAUGCUUGCUGAUCCCGGAUACCAUGUGCCAAGGAUCGUUACUGUAAUGGCAGAUCGUGCGUACCCCAACACAGGCUGGUUCACUCAAUCCGAGGAUUCAAACUGCCGCAAGGAGUACAACUACACUUUCAACGUAUUGAACAGCGGCUACGUAGAAUGGCAGGAGCGCGAAACUCGCGGCACUAGUCUCAAGUGUCAGACUUCUUUGGUCUAUAUUUCUAGGCCGUACCUGGAUGGCGUCAACGUCACUGAGAGGAGGAACCUCGUAUACAACUUCAGAAGUCUUCUCUCACGCGACCAGAAAGGGCACCUGAUCGCCGGGCUCUACUUCCCCGUAGGGGCCAGCGGCAAAGACGCGCAAUUCACUGUUUUCCACGACAAUGGAACAGAGAAGAUCAAGACGAAAUAUAAGUUCAGUACCUUCGCUGAUCCUGAUAAUAUUCCACAAUCAAUACUCGAAGAAAUUCAAUUGUGCAACACACAAAUGAACUACAAGAGCGGCGAACUACUCUCCAUCAUCUGCAAACUAGCCAAGCUAAUGGACAACCAGCCCUUCAUUGAUCAGAUGCUUGAAAUCAACGAAGAUAUUUGUCGCAUGUGCCUCUGA